AACAAUCCUGAAAACAAAAAGAGAAAUAACCAAAGAAAAGUGUCCUUGUCUUUUAAGAUUUGUAAAGUUUAAAGAAUUUCUUCGUGCUUAGAAAUUAAACGAUUCGGAAGAUAUUAGAUCUCUACUGCCGRAAUAAUUUAAGGUGAAAAAUGGCGGGAGACAUAGGAGUUAUCUACUAAAACUCAGAGACUGUGAUGAUCAUGGGUUACAAAGAUGCUCUCUCGUCGAUGGCCAAGACUCUACCAAUAUCCACAUUCAAAAACUUGUUCCAAUUGAUUUGGCCUUUGUAUCUAUCUUUGUUGAUACGUCGGUUCGUUGGGCCGAUCAAUGCAGCCUUUGCAGGUAGAGUUGGAACGAAAGAAUUAGGAGCCGUUGGUAUAUCUUACGGUCUUUUGGCUGUAACAGCAACAGGCCUUGGUAGUGGCUUAGCAGUAUCAUAUGAGACCAUGGCAGCCAAAGCUUUAGGAGCGCGACAGUACCAUAUGGUUGGAAUCCUUCUCCAGAAAGCAUUCUUGCUUGUGGGCUGCCUGUGCAUUUUUGUGACGUCACUGUGGUUCCAUGUCUGUGCUCUUCUUAGAUUGAUUGGGAUCCCUGUGGAUGUAGCGGAGAAAUCAGAGGAGUACCUUCUAAUGUACAUUCCCUCCAUGCUAGGGAUAUUUCUGUUUCGAAUAUUAAGAGCAUAUCUUAUCGUCCAGCGAAACGUUAUUCCGUCUUCUAUUGUAGCCUUUAUUGGAGUGGCUUUUUUAGUCCCCUUUAACUACGCUUGCAUGUAUCUAUUCCAUUGGGGAGUAUCUGGAAUUGCGAUAGCAAGUGAUUUUUCCUAUUUCUUGAUGGUUCUUCUAAUGAUUCUCUACAUCCUGAUAACCGGGAUUUACGAAGAAACAUGGCCUGGAUUAACAGCAAGAUGUUUUCUCCAGUGGAAAAAGUACCUGACCUUAGCAAUCCCAGGCGCUUUAAGUUUCUUGCUGAAAUCUUCAGUCCAUGAAAUUGCGUUGAUAGCAAUCGGCAGGCUAGGRGAGGUAGAGACUGCAGCACAAACUGGGCUGUUCACAACGACUAAAGCAAUGCUAACGUUGCCAUUUGCAAUAGCCAUGCCAAUGAACAUCAACAUAGCUAAGAACUUUGGAGAACGAAAUCCUGAAGAAUCAAGGCGAACAGCGAUAGUUGGUGGUCUCUUUAAUCUCGUGAUUUCCCUUGUUUUUGCAGGAGGGCUACUCGCUCUCAAAGACGUAAUUGGUGGAGUGUUCACCAACGACGUUGCAGUUCAAACCUUGAUUUCCCACGUGACGCCUUUCGCCGCCUUUUCCUUUUUAUUGGAAUCCAUCACCACUGUAAUGUUUGUCAUUUGUUUAUCCCUACGCUUACAGCUUCAUUCGACGGUCAUCUAUUUCAUCUCUUGUUAUUUGAUUGGUUUACCACUGGGUAUCUCGCUGGCUCUACACAAGAAAGAACUAUCUUUGUUAUGGUGUGGACUAGCGGUUGGAUUCUGUGUUCAGUUCUUCAUGUUUUCUGUACUGUUUUUUUUCCAAGUUGACUUUGAAAGAAUUUCGGAAGAACGAGCAAAAGCGGAUGAUGAUCAAGAAAAGGAAAAAACCGAAUAUUCUCCCGUAAAAACUGUUGAAGAUGAAUCUUGUCAGGAGGAAGGAACAGAAAAGAGUGAUGCAGAAAAUUUGUUUGCAGAAGACAAAGAUGACACACGCGUGGGUGAUGAUGAAGAGAAAAUAACACUUAAACUGAUCGGAAAACGAUUUUUAAUCUUUGGAAUUGCGAUAUUUUGUCUUAUCGUUUCAAUAGUCAUUAGAGUGAAAGUGGGCUUGUAGCAUAUUCAACUUAUAUACUGACAUAAUCAUAUCAUAUGCAAUUUAACAUAGUUCCAGUAAUUUUUGUUUCACAGCACGAAAAGCAGGGCCCUGGACAGCGCGAGUUUUUCUUCCACAUUUUCCACAUCUAUAUAUGCCAUUGAAAGAAUCAUCUUAUAGUAUGGGGUGAUGGUGAAGGAAUUGAACAGAGGACCCCAAUAUGGCGUUAUUAGCUCUAACUAUCAGUAUCCCUUGAACACCUUCUUUUUUAAGUCAUUUAGCAAAUUGUUUUAUCAUUUCCAUAAGAAAGUACAAAUUUGAAUCAGAAAGAAAAUGCGCAAAGCAUUUUGGUAGUUGUAGUGAAAUGACGCCAUCAUGUAAACUUCGUAUUGCAUGCCUUUAUUUCCCCCACCUUCAGUGUAUGUAACUCAAAAACAGAAAAAAGUAUACAGGUUGACCAGUAACCUUCAUUGUCGAGCUGCGCGGUUGAGUGAAAAGCUACAACAUAUUAACCAUACCUUUCAAGAACCUGAGCAACUGCUUCAGUUCGUUCAUAGCAAAAUAAACUAAAUAUUUUAUCUCUUAACAAAUGCAUGUAUUAUAGCAAGUUGAAAUCCGUUAUCCCAUGUCUGAAAAGCCCCUAUAAAAAGCAGUGUAUUGCAGUAUUUAAAGCAGCACACACAUUAUUAGAAUGCGCUUAUUUAUUUUCAUGCGAAGAUAUUGUAAAAAAUAUUUUAAGAAUAAUAAUAUUCUUAUUCCGAUUACCGA